CUGCCAGAUCUAUUGAUCGAUCCGUCGCCGUUCCAGGUGGUCCACCUCUCCCCCUUAUCAGAGGUCCACUUCAUGUUUAUCAUGUUGCGGUGUUCCCACCUCUUCGUGACCAGAUUCGGGCGGCUCAUCGGUUACAUCAUGCUAAAAGACCUUAUGCACAAUGAUCAGAACACUAGGCACAAGAUCAAAACAGUGGAUACCCAACCCGCACUUCCCAAGUAA